AGAGAAAGGAGACGGCGCAAACAACGAAUCGGUGCAAUAAAAUUCUCAAUUUGUUUCUGAUGUAUUAUAUUUUUAAUCUUUAAGAACGAACCAAAUUUUAAUUUAUUUACUUUUGCAACCGAUUGGGAUUGCAAAGCUUUGGGUAUGUCGACUAGUUCUUCUUCAAAUGCUUUUCUUUUCAAAAUUCACAAUUAUUUCUGCGUAUUGAUUUCUCUUUUUUUUCCCGUGCUUUUUAGAAUCUGAAUAGUUUAGCUUACGAGUCGAACAUGAAUUGGAUUUAAUUGAAUCAAUGACUGAAAUAUUAGAACAUUUUUGUUGUUAAAAUUAGGGGGCGGAAUUGGUCUUCGAAGGAAGAACACAUCGUGAUUUUGAUUUGUUUAUAUAUAUGAUGAGAUUAUAGCUGAGAUUUUUAAGGGAAAUUUGAUGGAGGAGGAUAGGAUCUUGUUGAGUAGUUUAGGCGUCACAUCUGCAAAUCCCGAGGAUAUCGAACGGGAUAUCUUAGCCAAGGCGGAAAACGAUGCAGGGGAUGGUAGUGAAGUAGGAGGGAGCACUGAGGAGGAACCUACUGAUAAGUCGGAAGGCAAUGACCCAUCAUCGACUGCCAACCAAGCGAAACUCUUGAAUAAAUUGAGGGCGGUGGAAUUUGAAAUAGACGCUGUUGCAUCCACUGUUGAAGAGGGGAAAGAUGUUGCUAGUGGUGAUGAUGAUGCAAAGGACUUGUUCUUGGAGGAAGGGGUUAGAGAGGAUGAUGAAAGUGCUACAAAGUUACCUUCACGCGAUUCAACCCUUCAGCGUGCGCUAGCUACUGAUAGACUAAAGAGCCUCAAGCACACUAAGGCUCAACUUGAGAAACAACUGUCUGGGUUACUCAAUGAAAAUUUGUCUAAGGGCAUAAAACAUGACAAGUUGUUGAAAGACUUGGUGAAGGAAGAGCCUAAGCUGAAGAGGAAAUCUAAAGAAACCCAAAAGCCUACCAAAGAUCAAGGGAAGAAGAAGAAAACAGUUUCUUUUAAUGAUGAUGUUGAUUUUGAUGCAGUGUUAGAUGCUGCAUCUGCAGGAUUCGUGGAAACAGAAAGGGAUGAAUUGGUGCGGAAGGGAAUAUUAACUCCUUUUCAUAAGCUUGAGGGAUUUGAGCGCCGUCUUCAACAGCCUGGUACAUCUAAUGAGCCUGUGCCUUUUGAAGAAGAUGAGAAUGACGACCUUGUUUCCGCUAGUGUUGCUAGAGCUGCGAAGUCCAUAUCCGAGGCUGCACAAGUUCGCCCGGCGACGAAACUGCUUGAUUCCGAUGCUUUGCCAAAACUUGAUGAUGCACCCACCUUUCCCUUUCAAAGGCUAAAAAAACCUUUAAAGUUUCCUCAGGCAAAAGAGGUAGAGAAGAAUAAAGGCUCAAAACGGAAAAAGAAGAGGCCGUUGCCUGACAAGAAAUGGAGAAGGCGGAUAUCUCGUGAGGAACAGGAUGUAGGAGAGGGAGAAGAUGUGAGGGAUGACUUGACUUCCCAUGAUGAGGAGGAAAACCAAGAGGCUUCAGAGGAUAUGGAUGAUAAUGACCCUUCUUAUGUGACACUUGAAGGUGGGUUAAAAAUCCCGGAAACCAUUUUCUGUAAACUUUUUGACUAUCAAAAAGUAGGAGUGCAGUGGUUGUGGGAACUGCAUUGUCAAAGGGCUGGUGGAAUUAUUGGGGAUGAAAUGGGUCUUGGCAAAACUGUCCAGGUCUUGUCUUUUCUUGGAGCAUUGCACUUCAGUAACCUGUAUGAACCAAGCAUUGUUGUCUGCCCUGUAACACUCUUGCGACAAUGGAGAAGGGAGGCACGUAGAUGGUAUUCAAAAUUUCAUGUUGAGAUACUACAUGAUUCUGCUCAGGAUCCUGCUUAUAAGAAGAAGCAAACCAAAUCUGAUGGAGAAAGUGAUGAUGAAAGUGAAGGUUCUGUUGACAGCGACUACAAAGGGAACUUUUCUUCUAAAAGCAGAAAAAAAUGGGAUUCUUUGAUAAAUAGAGUUUUGCAGUCGAAAUCUGGGUUGUUGAUUACAACUUAUGAGCAACUCCGACUGCUAGGGGACAAGUUGCUUGACAUAGAAUGGGGUUAUGCAGUUUUGGAUGAAGGACACCGUAUCCGAAAUCCAAAUGCUGAAAUCACUCUAGUUUGUAAACAGCUUCAGACAGUUCACCGUAUAAUAAUGACUGGUGCACCAAUUCAGAACAAGCUUAGUGAACUAUGGUCAUUAUUUGAUUUUGUUUUCCCUGGAAAGUUGGGUGUCUUGCGUUUUGAAGCAGAGUUUGCUGUCCCUAUAUCUGUUGGUGGAUAUGCCAAUGCUUCACCAUUACAAGUAUCUACAGCCUACAGGUGUGCUGUUGUCCUCCGUGAUUUGGUCAUGCCUUAUCUCCUCCGGCGCAUGAAGGCUGACGUGAAUGCUCAUCUGCCUAAAAAGACAGAACAUGUACUUUUUUGUAGCCUUACUGCUGAACAAAGAUCUGUCUAUAGAGCAUUUCUUGCUAGCUCAGACGUGGAACAGAUACUGGAUGGGAGAAAUUCUCUUUAUGGAAUUGAUGUGAUGCGUAAGAUCUGCAAUCAUCCUGAUCUGCUUGAUAGAGAACAUUCCUGCCAGAAUCCAGAUUAUGGAAAUCCUGAACGAAGUGGAAAAAUGAAAGUAGUCGCCCAAGUGCUCCAUGUUUGGAAGGCAGGGCAUCGUGUUCUUUUAUUUGCUCAAACAAUGCAAAUGCUCGACAUUCUUGAAAACUUCUUGACCACUAGUGAUUAUUGCUACCGAAGAAUGGAUGGACAGACUCCUGUAAAACAGAGAAUGGCCUUGAUAGAUGAAUUUAACAACUCUGAUGAUAUAUUUAUUUUCAUUUUGACCACAAAAGUUGGUGGUUUAGGAACAAAUUUAACGGGUGCAGACAGGGUGAUCAUAUUUGACCCUGAUUGGAACCCUUCGACAGACAUGCAGGCCAGGGAGCGUGCUUGGCGUAUUGGCCAGAAAAAAGACGUAACUGUAUAUAGAUUGAUUACUCGCGGAACAAUUGAAGAGAAGGUGUACCAUCGGCAGAUUUACAAACAUUUUCUUACCAAUAAGAUAUUGAAGAACCCCCAGCAGAGAAGGUUCUUUAAAGCUCGAGAUAUGAAGGAUCUUUUCACCCUGAAUGAUGAUGGAGAAAGUGGGUCAACCGAAACAUCUAAUAUUUUUGGCCAGUUGUCUGAAGAUGUAAAUAUUGUAGGUAUGAAGGAACAUAAGCAGCAUAAGCAGGAACAUUCGAAAGCAGCUGUUUCUCGUGAUGCUCAUACUGCCAAGAAAAGGAAUUGUUCAAAUAGUGGUCAUUCUAAGAGAGAAGGAAAAGAAAAAGAUGAUCAUAGUGAUGGCGAAGUAGAUGAAGAAAAAAACAUUCUGAGGAGCCUUUUUGUUGCCCAAGGAAUACAUAGUGCUGUGAACCAUGAUGCUAUAAUGAAUGCCCAUGAUGAGGAGAAGAUGAGGCUGGAAGAACAGGCUUCACAGGUGGCACAAAGGGCUGCAGAAGCACUACGCAAAUCACGAAUGCUUCGAAGCCAUGAUGGUAUUUCUGUUCCUACUUGGACUGGGAAAUCGGGAGCCGCUGGUGCACCAUCAGCAGUAAGAAAGAAAUUCGGCUCAACUCUGAACUCUCAUUUAGUAAAAUCCACAAGUGAGGCAUCUAGCAGUAUCAUAGCUGCUGGGGCUGCUGCCGGCAAGGCGUUAACUUCAGCAGAAUUGCUAGCUAAAAUCCGUGGAAACCAAGAACAAGCCGUCGGUGCUGGGCUUGAACAUCAGUCUGGCUUGGCUUCAAGUUCAUCUAACUCCAGAAGACCUGCCGUUAAUGGGACUUCUAGUUCUAGGUCAUCUUCAAACGUAUCCUGUGUGCAACCUGAAGUACUAAUACGUCGGAUAUGUACAUUUAUACAACAAAGAGGCGGUAGCACAGAUUCAGCCAGCAUUGUCGAUCACUUCAAGGACCAAAUACCCUCGAACAAUCUGCCUCUGUUCAAGAAUCUAUUGAAGGAAAUUGCUAAACUAGAGAAGGAUCGAAAUGGAUCACGUUGGGUUCUAAAGCCCGAGUAUCGGAAGCAGUAAUUUGUUUAUCUGGAGACUCAUUGCUUCAACAGCAUUCAUAUUUUACUUCUUUUUAACCAGUCAACGGUCCCGGGUAUCCUCCAAAAGUGUUUUGUGAUUGUUCUUCUUUGGCAUUGCAGCCAGUUCGGUUAUGGCAGUAGUGCAUGUAAUCGUUGAGGUUUUUUGUUCUGCCUUUUAGCUGAUGCAGGGCUCAAAGAACGGUAGUUCCUUUU